GCUCCGGCACCGCCCGUCGCGGACGCGCUCUCGCCGCCCCCGCCUGCGCACCGCCGCCGCGCCCGGGCCCCCUGCCCGCAGCCAUGAGCGCUCUCCACCCGGGGAGAGCCCGCCGCCCUCUAGAUUAGUUCCUGCCACCGCUCCUGGACCCGCCUGCACCAUGGAGUCCCCCGCCUCCAGUCAGCCCGCUAGCAUGCCCCAGACCAAAGGGAAAUCCAAGAGGAAGAAGGAUUUACGGAUAUCCUGCAUGUCCAAGCCACCUGUACCCAACCCCACACCCCCCCGGAACCUCGACUCCCGGACCUUCAUCACCAUUGGAGAUAGGAACUUUGAGGUGGAGGCCGAUGACCUGGUGACCAUCUCAGAGCUGGGCCGAGGAGCCUACGGGGUGGUAGAGAAGGUGCGACAUGCCCAGAGUGGCACCAUCAUGGCCGUGAAGAGGAUCCGGGCCACCGUGAACUCACAGGAGCAGAAGCGUCUGCUCAUGGACUUGGACAUCAACAUGCGGACGGUCGACUGCUUCUAUACUGUCACCUUCUAUGGGGCCCUCUUCAGAGAGGGAGAUGUGUGGAUCUGCAUGGAGCUCAUGGACACAUCCCUGGACAAGUUCUACCGGAAGGUGCUCGAUAAAAACAUGACCAUUCCAGAGGACAUCCUGGGGGAAAUUGCUGUGUCUAUCGUGAGGGCGCUGGAGCACCUGCACAGCAAGCUGUCGGUGAUCCAUAGAGACGUGAAGCCGUCCAAUGUCCUCAUCAACAAGGAGGGCCACGUGAAGAUGUGUGACUUUGGGAUUAGUGGCUACUUGGUGGAUUCUGUGGCCAAGACGCUGGAUGCCGGCUGCAAGCCCUACAUGGCUCCCGAGAGAAUCAACCCGGAGCUUAACCAGAAGGGCUACAAUGUCAAGUCCGAUGUCUGGAGUCUCGGCAUCACCAUGAUUGAGAUGGCCAUUCUACGGUUUCCGUAUGAAUCCUGGGGGACUCCGUUCCAGCAGCUGAAGCAGGUGGUGGAAGAGCCAUCUCCCCAGCUCCCGGCCGACCGUUUCUCUCCUGAGUUCGUGGACUUCACUGCACAGUGCUUGAGGAAGAACCCCGCAGAGCGCAUGAGCUACUUGGAGCUGAUGGAGCACCCAUUCUUCACAUUGCACAAAACCAAGAAGACAGACAUUGCGGCUUUCGUGAAGGAGAUCCUGGGGGAGGACUCAUAGGGGGCAGGGCCAUGGACUGCACUGGGCCCUCCAGCACCCUACAGCCCCCUCUGCUGGGGCAGUGCUUGCCCAUGCCCAGAAGCUACUGCCACCCCAGCCUUGGGUGUUUGGGGGAAGAAUCGAGGGGGCUGCUCCUGCCUGGCUCGAUAGCAGGCCGUUGGUCCCAAGUGCCAAAGAACCAGACCACUGGGGCCCUCAGCCAGGCCCUUGUGGACCCCACCAGUGCCUCUGCCCCUGCUGCUUCAAGGACCCCAUCUCCAGCCCCCGAGAUCCUGGACUUGGAGGGGCCCGGAUGGCAGACCCUAUUGCUCCUCACAGAGAAGGCAGCCGGUGCCCGUGUGCGGGAAACUGCCGUGGCCCAGCCCUGGAUGCCACCCAAGUUGUAUAUUUUUUUAAUCUCUUGACUGAAUGGACUUUGCAAACAUUGGCCUAGGGUGGCCAUGCCUCUGUCCUGGCUUCAGUAUUUGGGGGGAGACACACUCGGGGGAUGAGCCAUGUGAAUCCUCCUGAGUCCCCAUGAGUGAGACAACAGCCACCCGAGCCUUCACCCUGGCAAUGGCUAAUAAGGCCUCUAAGGGCACACGGGCUCAACCUAGCUCCCGCCCACUGCCUCGGGAGGGGGUUUUCACUUUUUUUUAAUUUAUCCUCUUGAUUUUUUUUCUUUUGCUUUGUGGGUUUGACUGGUUUUUCUUGCAUGGUUUGGAGCCGAUCACUUUUCUCCCACCCCCUAGGGACCAGCAGGUGGAGAUCCCUGUGUCUCUGCUCAGUCUGGGGUCUAGGGGGAUGGGCCCAAGGUCUCUGCUCAGAGAGGUGCUAGGGGAGCUGUCUAGCUCACUCUCCUUGGGGACCGGCUCAACGGGGGCUGUGGAUUUGCUUUUGGUGUUGUUUAAAAAAAAAAAGAAAGAAAAAAUAUACUUUUUGAAGAAAGGACUGCCCAGGGUUUUAUCCCUGAUAGGUCGGGGCAGUUACCUGAUUGCUGUUUUAAUUUAAAAAAAAAAAAAGGAAAAGUAGAACAACA